AUGCCACUACUGCGAGCUGGCGGGCCCUCCGCUAUUGGGGCCAUCUGCACCCGCUCUAUUCGAUUUUCAUACGCCCUCAAUGCCCGGUAUCUAAGCUCCUCCGCCACCCAUCAAGCCGCCGGAGAGAUCAAGACCACCACCCAAGAUGCCCCCGCAACACCAUCUACCGGAAGUGCUAUAACCCGCAAGGAGUCUGCUGGUGAAUCCAUUCCACGCCAUCAGCCCGACUACAAUGCCACUGUUGACCAUGGUACCUCCCUGUUCUCUCCAGUUCCCAAGCGAGUGAUGGACGGAAGCGAGCCAAGUGAAGUCGUUGCUGCUGCCGUUCUCUCCGGUGCUCCAACAGACCUUCAGGCCCGAACAGUCAGUGCCAAACCAGCUACUCAAUCUGGCACCUGGCGCAGCCACCACUGGAGGAUGGACUGGGAUGUCCUAUCCAAGGGUCACCGCUGGGAGAAUCCAUUAAUGGGAUGGCAGUCUUCUGCAGACGCUAUGCAGGGAACCCAUAUCAAUUUCAGGUCAAAGGAAGAUGCAAUUCGAUUUGCCGAGAAGCAGGGGUACGAAUACUUUGUUCAAGAGCCAAAUGAGCGCGUUUUCCGCCCAAAGGCCUACGCAAACAACUUCCUACAUGAGUCUAGGAAGCUCAAAUACAUCAAGACAAAAUAA